AUGCGUGGCGGCAUCCAAGAGCUCGACAAUCUCCACCGGCCCCAUCUCCUCCGCGUCAGUAGCGACCUCACGGAGACGCAUGCUCUGGGCUCGGGAAGCCGAAGCGCGUGGAUCUACCGAAUCUCCAACGGGCCUCACAUGAUCCAAGCCUGGCGGCCGGGCGAGACCCCGCCGACGAGGCGAUAUAUGACGGUUGGCGCCAUCAUGUGGUCUCAGGUCUCGCAGUUCGCCCUGACGGACGGGGUGGACAGGGUCCAAGACCUGGAAUGGCAAGACAACCCCGACUUCGACACCGCCUGGGACGACUAUGCGGCCAGCCCGUGGCAGCCCAUGUUCGGGCCGGUCAACGGGGCAGGCGAGGUGGAGCAGCGGGCCAGGUUCUACGAGCAUUCCCGGGAUCUCAGCGACCCUUACGGCGAGUUCCUUGACGAGAUUACCGGGCCUCUGAACGCGAACAUGCCUCGGACGCAGCGCCAAAGACUUGGCCGUCUGCUUGACUGGGACCGCAGGGAGGAACCAGGACGUGUAUUCCCCUUGGCCCGUCAGGACCGUGUGGUUCCACCCGUCAUGGGGGCGGUGCUGGGGACAGAUUGGGCUGCCAUGGGAAUCCCGCGACGCCUCCAGCUGGCCAUGGAAGGCGGCCUCCCCUCGCAGCUCCAACUCGCCAUGGUGAUAAGAAACAUUACCGGACAGAACUACUCGCCGGACAGGAUAUCGAGGGCUUUUAGCGGCUUUGAGGAUGCAGGCAAGUAA